ACGAAAUGGGCAAGGCUAACUGACGAGUGUGCUUCAAUAAGAACAAGAUAAUGGAGUCUGCGAUUGAGAGUCGAGUGUUGUCCAGCUCCUCUGGGAGCGUGAGUGUGUCCCUACAUCCGCUCGUUAUCAUGAACAUCUCGGAUCACUACACCAGAUCACACAUGCAGCGAGGAGGAACAACAAAAGAGUGUGUGUAUGGUGCCCUCCUGGGGACACAGAAAGGUCGUAGUGUGGAGAUCUGCAACUCUUUUGAGCUGGUGGUGACAUCAGUCGAUGAUGCGAUAGUACUAGACAGAGAGUAUUUCACUGAGAAGGAGGAACAAUUUCGCCAGGUGUUCUCAAGCAUGGAGUUCCUGGGCUGGUACACGAUAGGGGACACUCCCACCUCUCAGGAUGCAGCCUUCCACGAACAACUAUGCAGAGACAGAGACAAUAGCCUCUUACUGAAGCUCAACACAUGUGCUAGGACCAAUCAGUUGCCUGUGAGUGUGUAUGAGAGUCUCAUUGAGAUAGUCGAGGCCCAGCCUAAAGUCUUGUUUGCUGGUGUGACAUAUACUCUAGCCACAGAGGAUGCAGAGAGGGUAGGGGUGGACCACAUAGCCAGGGCCUCUGUCACUGGGGCCUCAGAGAGAUCAGCAGUUUCUGAGCAGCUGAGUGCCCAGUAUGGUGCCGCCAAGAUGCUCCACUCUCGAGUGCGUCUUGUCCUCGAUUACCUCAAAUCCGUGCAGACAGGAGAGCUGCCUACCAACAUGGAGGUGCUGAGGGAGAUAGCCAGCCUCUGUGACCAGCUACCAGUCAUUGACAACCAACUAUUUAAGAAAGACUUUUAUAGUCAAACUAACGAAGUUCUGCUCAUGUCCUAUUUAGCUGCUAUCACUAAGGGCGUAGCUACAGCUAGUGAGUUUGUGUCCAAGGUGAAUGUGGUGUACGACAGACACGGGAUUGGACGGAGGUCCAGGGGGCUCCUAUUUUGAACAAUAUCUUGUUAACAUUAUUUUGGUAUUUCAUUGUUAUUAGCCCUGUUCAUGUUGACUGUUGUUCAUUUAUCCUCUGAUUCAAUAAUAAUAAUUUAUGUUUUCACACUAAACACACAUCUAAACAA